GAAACCUGUGAUAAACGACGUAACGUUCUGUCCGCAGGGGUGCGCUACAACGCUCAGCUGACCGUGGAUGACUGCUUUGACAUGGGGAAACUGGCCUACAAUGAGAAUGAUUAUUAUCAUUCAGUGCUGUGGAUGCAGCAGGCACUCAGACAGAUGGACUCGGGAGAAGACGCCAAGACGCCCAAAGCUGAUAUUUUAGAUUAUCUGAGUUACUCCGUCUAUCAGAUGGGUGACCUGUCACGAGCCAUCGAACUCACCCGACGCUUGGUGGCCAUCGAUCCCAGCCACCAGAGGGCAGGAGGAAACCUGCGCUACUUUGAGCGACUGCUGUCUAAGGAGCUGAGGGACUUGGGUCGGAGCCAGCAGGAGCCUGCGGACGAGAGGCCCAUUCAGCUGGACACUUAUGAGCGGCCCAAAGACUACCUGCCCGAGAGAGAGGUGUACGAGGCCCUCUGCAGGGGAGAGGGAGUCAAAAUGCGUGUGGCUACUUUUUUAAAUUAUAUGAGUGAUGUUGAGGCUGGUGGGGCGACGGUUUUCCCUGAUUUCGGUGCUGCUUUUUGGCCUAGAAAGGGAACAGCUGUGUUCUGGUACAACCUCUUUAAAAGCGGAGAAGGAGACUACAGAACCAGACAUGCGGCCUGUCCUGUUCUAGUCGGCAGUAAAUGGGUUUCAAACAAAUGGAUCCAUGAGAGAGGACAAGAGUUCAGACGCCCAUGUGGCCUGACUGAAGAGGACUGAUCCUGAGCUCGGUUCUGCAAACACGGACACAAUCAGACACUCCAGAUUCCUCAGGAACGCACAUGAGUUCCAGUCAGGCAGGCUGGGGUUUGUGGGCCAUUUCUCGUUUAUUUGGAGUGUUUUCAUUUACCCCUUCUUUAACAUUUCUUGGCAGAUUAAACCGGAGUAUCGUGU